GUCAUGGUAAUGCGACUUUGUUUGCGCUUUUCUCAUGUUCAUGCGUCCCUUACUAGACUAGAGAGUCUUACCUGCACGUAAGACAUCCAGCUUGGUAAGGACACCUUCCUAAAAAGUAAUCGACGAUAAUAAAGAUUAAACGAAACGUUCUGAAACAAGUUGUUCGGAUCGAGUGGGCUAGAUGAGCGGGCUAGAAUGUUACGGAAAGUCCUCCAAGGUGCCACAGAAAAGGGUCGUCCCUAAACUUUUUGAGACAAGCACUCAUAAUGAAGCAGUGGUGUCAAAUCCUACUACUGCUACACCUCGAAGGAGCCUUCCCACACAAGCAGUAAAACAUCCUGUGAAGGACUCUCCAACUGUGAGAUUGGAAGUGUUUUCUGCGGUAGGUGAGAAAAACAUUAGUGUUGGGUUAGCAGGGUCGCCUGUGAUCCUCAGUCAUGACCGAAAGAUGAAGUACACUAGGAAACCACAGCAGUCUGCUUCAGGCGGAACAGAAGGAAGAGUGGAUGUGCACCCCCUGGACCGAACCCCCCUCGACACUACGUGUGACCCCCCUCUAGCAGAACCCCUCCUACCACGAGAGGCAGAACGGGAAGAAGAGCUCACUAAGAACAAUGGGGAUGAUGCUCAUGAUGAUGAGGGACAAUGCAGGGCUCCACUGGAGCUGAUGGCUGAGUUUCUAAAGUCUGUGAUGGAGAAAGACUUUGUGUUGGCAAAGAAACUGUGUCAGAUGAUUCUGAUCUAUGAACCAGAAAAUCCAGAGGCCAGGCAGUUCAUUGUUCUCAUCCAGGAGAAGCUGCAGAGGGAGCAAGACAAAAAAAGCAGCAAACAUGAAGAUGAGGAUUCUGGUGACAGUGAUGACAAUGGUUCAAACUCCAGUGAUGAAGAUGGUUUGGAGGACUCAGGGAGUGAUGAAGACUCUGCUCAGAGCUCAGAAAGCACUUCUUCCACCUCCUCAACAUCCUCAAAUGAAGAAGAGGAAAAUAAGCUUACUCCAUAGGAUGCUGUCCAGUCUAGCCAUCAAAUCACCAAAUUAUAAAUGUAGUUAGUCACAUUAUUUUAUUGCAUUAGUGAGGCAGUCACAGCAUGCACAUACAAUGUACUACUACGUGUCUGUUCUUCAUGUAAAUAUCACAAUGAAGUUUAAUAUUCAGA